GGGACAGAACGAAACACAAAUGGCGGGAAGCAAAAGCGUGUCGCGGACACUGCUGAGUAUUUCUAGGGUUUGUUACUAACCAACCACUCCAUAGUCCCUGCUCUCCGUCAACGAUUCAAUUCACCUGACUUCCAUUGAAUACAAAGAUGCCGACAUACAAAAUCAGAGGCAUGGACGUCGAGUUCCCGUUCCAAGCCUACGAUUGUCAGCUCGUUUACAUGGAGAAAGUCAUCCAAUCGCUUCAAAGUAGGUGUAAUGCACUGUUGGAGAGCCCUACCGGAACUGGAAAAACCUUGUGCCUUCUUUGUGCUACAUUGGCAUGGAGGAAGAGUUUAGGUGGAUUUUCAACGGGCAAGAGUUCUAGAAGAGGUGAUAUGUCAUCACAGUCUGAUAGCCCAAAGUUACCCACAAUAAUAUACACCUCACGCACACACAGCCAGCUUCGGCAGGUGAUUAAAGAAUUGAAGAGAAGCCAUUACAGGCCGAAAAUGGUCGUGUUAGGAUCUCGUGAGCAGUUGUGCAUUCACGAAGAAGUUAGUUCACUUCGUGGAAGAGCACAAACGAAUGCUUGCCAUUCACUUUGUAAAAAGCGUCAGAAAAGAUAUUGUGCCCAUUUUCCCCGUGUUGCAGAAUUCAUGACAAAUAAUCCGGAUUUGGGAGAAGAGCCUAUUGACAUUGAGGACUUGGUGAACUAUGGAAAAACCUCUGGAGCGUGCCCUUAUUACAUGUCACGAGAUCUUCACAAGGUUGUUGACAUAUUGUUUGCACCUUAUAAUUAUCUUAUUGAUCCCGGGAACAGAAGAUCUUUAAACAUCGAGUGGAACAAUGCUAUCCUUAUAUUUGAUGAAGCUCACAACUUGGAAAGUUUAUGUGCGGAUGCUGCCUCUUUUGAUUUGUCUUCUGGGCUUCUGACAGCUUGCAUUUCUGAAGCAAAGAAUUGUGUGGACCUCUCUGUUGCAAGGAGGGAUAAAUCAAACGACACUUCAUGCAAUCCUGACAAUUUUGCUAUUCUUAAAGCACUUCUUCUGAAGCUUGAAAAGCGGAUCUCGGAAAUUGAUAUCAAUUCCAAAGAAGUGGGUUUCACAAAGCCUGGACCAUACAUUUAUGAGCUCCUUGCUGAUCUAAAUGUCACACAUAAGACUUCCUCCAUGCUUAUUGAUAUAAUAGAGGAAGCAGCUCUGCUUCUUGAGGAAGAUACAAGUACAACAGACAGAGGAGGCCAGAACAAGACAAAGGGAGCUGUCUGUAGGUUAGAGAGUAUUGGCAACAUACUCAAAUUAAUCUUUAAAGACGGUGGUACCUCUCAUGCCAACUACUACCGUGUUCAUGUUCAGGAUGUGCAGUCCACUGCUUCAGAAUCUUUUGGAGGCAAGCCAUCUAGAACCCUAAGUUGGUGGUGCUUCAAUCCUGGAAUUGCAAUGGAAGAGUUCUCAAAAUUGGGUGUGGGAUCUAUCAUUUUAACAUCUGGCACGUUAUCUCCUAUGGAUUCAUUUGCUGAAGAACUGAAGUUAGAUUUCCCGAUACGCUUAGAGAAUCCACAUGUAAUAUCAGAAAGUCAGAUUUGGGCUGGUGUUGUACCUGUGGGUCCAUCUGGUUAUUCAUUUAACUCUUCCUAUCGGAGUCGCGAUUCUCCAGAAUACAAGUUGGAACUUGGCAAUGCUAUUGUCAAUUUUGCUCGAAUUGUACCCGACGGGCUGCUAAUAUUCUUUCCGUCUUACUACCUCAUGGACCUAUUGAUUGGGUAUUGGAAGAAUACUAAUAAUCCGAACUCCACUAACUCUACUAUCUGGGAACGAAUCUGCAAACACAAGCUUCCUGUUAUUGAACCUAGACAAGCUUCAUUGUUUCCUACAGCAAUUGAUGAUUAUAUGGCUAAAUUAAAGGACACAUCAUGUUCUGGUUCAAUAUUUUUUGCGGUGUGCCGUGGUAAGGUUAGCGAAGGUUUGGACUUUGCUGACCAUGCUGGGAGAGCCGUGGUUGUCCUUGGUAUGCCAUUUGCAACACUAACUGAUCCUAAGGUUCGUCUAAAACGUGAAUUUUUGGAUGAGAAGGCAUUGGCAGUGCCACUGCGGACAGGAAGUAAGCUUUUGACUGGAGAAGAAUGGUAUAGUCAGCAAGCAUCACGCGCUAUUAAUCAGGCAGUUGGUCGUGUCAUUCGUCAUCGCCAUGAUUACGGAGCGAUAAUUUUUUGUGAUGAAAGGUUCACAUAUACAAAUCGUCAGUCCCAAAUAUCAGUCUGGAUCCAGCCUCAUAUCAAGUGUUACUCCAAGUUCGGAGAUGUUGUUUUCACAUUGACUAGGUUUUUCAGAGACGGCAAAAGUCGUAAAUCUACACUGUUGCAGAACUCGCAUACUGAAGAUCAUCUAUCCAGUAAAGAGAAUGUAAAAAGGCAGGAUAACCUCAAGCCCAUGGACAAACUUUUCAACAGUUUUCUUGUGCCUAUGGGUACAACAAAGGAUCCUACUUGCUCGGAGCCAUCAACUAGUUUGACUGAAUCUAAGACUCAAAACUUUUCAGCUCAGAUCAGGGUAAUACCCCCUGCUAAUCGCUGCAGAGAUUAUACAUCUACCAUGAAAUAUUCGAGUAAUCCUUUUCAGAUUGAGAACAAAAAUUCAGCUGCUGCCAAGAGAAAUUUGGAUAACAGCGAGCAGAUGGUAGUUGAUUUGACCGAAGAUGGAUUUCAAGAUGAAAAACAAGGGAAAGGAAUAAUUGCUUCGUGCUCUUUAAAGAAAACUAAAUUAGUAAAAACAGAGGAUGAUCUCUGUCAGCGUACUAAUUUCCAGGAGAAUCAAUCUUCCGUCAGUAUUUCAGCGAAACACAAUCCUUCAACUAAGCAAGAGAGAUCGGGAAAUACCGAGAUCAUGCAAAGUACCCGAGACGCAAAAAAAGGGAAUUUGCAGUCACGUAUUCACAACAACCUAGGUGCUGUUUCCAGUUCUGCACCUGCUGAUGAUGAGGAAAAAAGAGGAUCUACUUUUCUCAGCCAGGUCAAAGAGGCGCUUACUGAUGCAGAAUACAAUGAUUUUGUGGGUUUAAUGAGAGCACUCAAGUCUAAAGCAGAGAAGGCCAGCCAUGUUUUGCAAUCAAUUGCAAAAUUAUUUUCUACUCCAGAUAGACUUCCUCUUCUUCGAAGAUUCAAGGAUUAUGUCCCUGCCAAAUAUCAACAUUUAUACGAGCGGUAUCUGGAGUAGAUGUCAGAAGUCAGAACUAUAAAGGAGGGCCUCCUUAUAAUUGCGGUGGCUAUCUUUCCCAUAUUGUUCACUUUUAAGUGCAUGUUCACUGAGCAUGGAUUUUUUUCCCGCAUCCAAAUUUGGAGCAUUUUUCUGAGGCUGGCUGUCAAAGAUUACCUCGCUGCAAACCUUUUGUAUGAUACAAAAUAGGAGUUUAUAGAACCUUUGAUAUUUUAGAUUUUCUUUGUCAAUAUAUACUCAUCAUGCUAUAAGUCCACAAUAAUGUAUACAGUUUGUAACUUUUAUUAUUUUGGUAAUAAAGGACUUUGGGUGCCCCUAAAUUAUUUUGAUUUUA